UUCAGACUUUGAAAAAAUUUCUUUCGAUCAUCAAAUUAAGAGAAGGUUCUUAGUUUUUUAGUAUGGAGAGAGUCUCAAUGGAAGGCGAGGAAACUGAAAAUUCCUCGAACGUGAAAUCCGAUGAACAUCCUUCAGCCAAGGAGGAGUCAAAUGAACAGGAACACGAAAAGGAAAAUUUGGAUUCAAAAGAUGACGAGACUAAACCACAGGGACCAAAGAAGGAAAAAAUUAGAAACAUUAUUGCUUUUUAUGCUUUUGGAGCACUCAUCUAUACCGUCUACUCUGUAAUUAUUGCCGGUGCUCAGGAUAUUUUAGCGGGAACGUUUAUUCCAACUGCUGCUGUAUUGGUAACCAAUGUUGGUCCAUAUUUCUUAGUGACAAUGAUAGCUCCAUAUUGCAUUCACCGCGUUCCGUAUGCCGUUAGAAUCGUAUUUAUUUAUUUUACAUUCACUUCUGGUCUAUUUACGAUCGUAUAUGCUAAAGAAGUGUACAUGAAAUUGGUGGGGAUUUGUAUGACUUCUCUUGGAGCUGGAACAGGUGAAGUGUCCUUUUUCACUCUUACUGCUUUCUAUGAACAAGUAACUGUCUCGGCGUACUCAGCAGGUACUGGAACAGGAUUUAUCUUAGGACCUCUUUAUUACACAGGUUUAACAACAUGGUCUUGCGUCUCACCAAAUAGAGCCAUGUUGAUAAUGGCAGGUUCACCUCUUCUUUACGUAAUUAUGUACAUCAUAAUGGACAAAAAACACGUCAAAGUUAAAAAAGACGCUGAAACGUCAAAGCAUGAAAGAUUAACGUGGAAAGAAAAGUUCACCACGGCCGGCAAAAUCUUACCUUUAGUAAUUUCAUUAUUUGUUGCUUAUGUCUGUGAAUAUGUCACUAUUCAAGCCAUAAUAACCACUAUGGCAUUUCCCAACGCACCCUUCCCCCCACGAGUUCAUUAUCGUUACUAUAUAUUCAUAUUCCUCGCAGGCGAGUUUGUAGCAAGGUCUUAUUUAGCCGUGGUAUCAUACAUAAAACCUAGUUUAAUUCCUAAGCUAGUAAUCAGAAGAAUAUGGAUCCUAUCACUCAUUCUUGUAGCACACCUGGCCUUUUUUGUAGCUGCUGCAUGGUACCGCUUUGUUCAUGAUGUCUGGGUUGUCUUCACUUUUAUAUUCACAGCUGGACUAAUUGCAGGUGCAGCAUUUAAUAAUGCUUUUGUUAUAGUGUCUCAAAGUACUGCACCUAAGUAUAAAGAGUUUGCAAUGGGGUUUGCGACAAUUGGAAUGGGUGCAGGAACUUUCUUGGCAGGUGCGAUAGGACUCCUGGUCGAACCGUAUCUUCGUGAACAUUGCCUGCGUGUCUCAAAAGUCCCUGAUUAUUGCUUUACUCGACCUUUUGGAGCAUGGAAUGCUACAGCGGCAAGUAGCUGCUAACUGCAAAAGCUAAGAAAUAGAAAUAAAGUGGGGAUGAAGACAGCCCUAUGGCUAGGAAAUGGAAGCCAAUACUAGGACUUAUCCCUGACCUUUAACAAUUAUCUAAUUUAAAAAUUAUUUAAUUUAAACAUCAUUAGAAAUGCAGCUUCUUUCCGUGUUUUUGUUGUUGUUGUUGUUGUUUUCUUUUUCUCUCUUUAUAAAUUCGACCUCUAAAUGUUGAGCAAAUAAUUUUAUAUAAAAAGAAGAAAUAGAAAUAGAAUGAAAGCUGUCUUCUAUUGACAAGCUCAGUUGUAAAUUACCACAUGCAUGAAACGCUCUAGUUUACUUCCCAUUUUCCGUGUGAGAUUAUUUUUUAAGGCCUUUCCCUUGAAAGCGUCUUAAAAGAUGGAAAGGCAUUAAAAGUGCCGUUGCACCGUA